GGGACUGUGGGCAGGAACAGCGGCCCCGGAGAGUCAGCCAGAACGUGACAGAAGAGACAGCGCCCGAGCCUGGCAGCUCCGGACUGGGUCCCAGCGUGGGGUCGAGCGUCCGAGUGUCGCGGCGCCGGCGGGCCAUGCCUGGGGUUUCUCAGUCGCUGUGGGAGCUGGUGGAGGAGCACGUUCCGUUCCCGGAGCGGCCCGAAGUAAAGAGGAUUCUGGGGGAGACAACGGUGGACCUGAGCCUGGAGCUGCGGGCAGAGGUGGUGAUGUUACGGUCGCUGCUCCGAGAGGCUCGAUCCUCCCAAACCCCUGGCUCCCGCCCCACCUCUGACCCAUCCUCCCUUCUGGCUCCCCCGCCCCUCCUAAGAGACCUUGUGCGCCAGGAACUGCGGCAGCUGCUCGAAGGUCUCCGUCAGAAGGCCAUCUAUGAGGGCAGGGACCAGACCCAGGCUUGGGUCCAGUACAGCCCCAGGGUCCUGCGUUUUGCCUUGAAGGAGCCCAGGUGUGAUUUUCCAGAGCAGGAGAUAUUCCAGAUGAGAGCUGGUGAAUCCAGCAGUCACAGAGACCUCAGUGUCAUCAAGGACCAACUGAACAUGUCCAACAUUGACCAGGUUGCCGGACACUUGCGGAGCCUCCUGGAGAAGGAGUGUCGCUCUUUGGAGAGGGAGAUCCCCAUCCUGCAGCGCUGCCUGGAAGAGGAGUAUACAGGGGCACCCCAGCCCUCCGAGGCAACCCUAGAGCCCACCCUGGCAGAGCUAAAGGAACAGAAGGCAGCCAUGCAGCGGGAGCUGCAAGAACCUCCGAGGCCUUCCUGUAUCUCCUCCAGCCACAGGCAGCAGCCCUUAGGGUCCUCCAGCCAGGGCCUCAGACCCUUGCCUUGCCUCUGUGGAGUUGCGGCUGGGCCUUUCCACUGCUGUCUGCCUGCUCCUCCUCUGGAAUGCAGGCCUCAAGGCCUGGCUGCCCCCUGCCGCUGGGGACGGAAGCUUCAGUGCAGCCCCAGGAAAAGACCAGCUUCUACCCCAAUGUCCAGUGCAGUGCCCCAGGCCCCAACCUGAUGGGCUAGGCAUAAAGUAGGCUUUGGCUUCUGCUAGAACUCUCUCCAUCUGAUGCUACUGCCACCUCUCAGCUGCCAUGGCCCAGCCCGCUUCAUAUCUAGUCUUGGAUGGGCCCUCACGGGAGCCCAAGGCUGGCUGUCUGUCUGUCUGUCUGUCUGUCUCUCACCCCACCCCUUGCCAAGUCCCUGGUCUCUGGUCCUGACCAUCAUAGCCUUUGGCCUUUCUGCU